AUGGGUGCUGUGGAUAUCUCUGAACUGCUCGGCGAUGAGCCUCUUCGGCAAAGGGAGGACACAAAGCUCACUCCCGUGCGAAAACGUAUCAUCAUAUGCUGCGAUGGCACCUGGCAGUCUGCAGUUUCGGGCAAGAAAAAUGUCCCUUCGAAUGUCACCCGCUUAUGUCGCUCUCUGAAUCCGGUCGGAACGGACAAGGACGGUAAUCAAUGGCAGCAAGUCGUCUGGUACGAUUCGGGAGUUGGCACCACCGCGCUGGCGUUAGGCGAUGCUAUUGAAGGUGCGACCGGCGCAGGCAUGGAAACCAACAUCAUCGAAGCGUACAAUUUCGCUGUCCUCAAUUAUAACCCCGGAGACAAGAUCAUGUGUUUUGGGUUCUCUCGAGGAGCCUAUACCGCUAGAACCAUUGCUGGACUCAUUUCCGACAUUGGAAUCUGCCAGAAGAGUGACCUCAACAAGUUUCCAGAUCUUUGGGCGGUAUACAAGAAGCUGAAGCCGGGGAAGCGAUUCCACCGUAGUGAGCUUUGGUUUGACUGGAUGUGGGGUAAAGCGGAUGAGCAUCAGGGUGCUGGAGAUAAGGAUCAUCGCGAUUUUGUAUACGCGAAAGCUCCCCAGGGUGACUGGGCACAGGAGGGUUCUCGAGAGGUGGAGGUGGUUGGAGUGUAUGAUACCGUCGGUGCUUUGGGAAUGCCGGAAGUCCUAGGGAUCAAGCUCCCAUCAAGCGAAGGAUGGCACAACGUUGGUCUCUCGCCUAACAUCCAAAAUGCAUUCCAAUGCCUGGCCUUAGAUGAGCGAAGAAAGGCAUUCUCACCGACUCUUUGGUAUCUGAACAAAAAGACGGCAACAAAGGAACAGGUAGAAGCCCAUAUGGAAGAUGAGAAAAUGGCUGAAAAGCGCUACUGGGCGGCCUUGAAGCAUGCCAAGGACCUGAAAGCCAGUGGUAAAGCCACUGACGAGGCCGUCAAUGCGGCUGCCAGGCAAGUCAAUGUGGCUGCGAGGGCCUGGAACAAGGCAGCCAGAAAGCGAGUGAGAUAUCAAAAUCGACUAGAGCAACACCCGGUUUUAAGACAAGUUUGGAUACCAGGUUUCCACAUCAACAUCGGCGGAGGAUCGGACGACACUCUCAAAGACGAAGGUGACAUGGAAAACAUGUCAAACAUCGCGUUCGCUUGGAUGCUCGAUCAAAUCAAGGGCCAUGUCUCGGUCAAUGAGCAGGUCGUUACGGACGAACAGAAUGACCGGGAACGGCACAUCGAGGAGCUCAACUUGCAGCGUAGGAAGACGGAUCUCAAGCUCACGUCUACGAAACCUAGACCCAAGUCCUUCGCCAAGUGGACAUACUCGAUUGCCAAAACCGCGGUGGUGGCGAUUAAACUUCCUUUCAAGGCGAUUCAACAGGCCACCGAAGCAAAGGUUAGAGAAAUUAGCUGGGGCACGGGCAUCUUGGAAGACAGCUUCACCAUUGCCUACUGGUUAAACGGACAAAAACGACGCACGCCAGGCGAAUAUGCCAAAGACAACGGGGAAUCGAUGGGCGAGACCUGCGAAUACAUCCACCCAGUUGUGAAUUUCCGAGUGAACUGGUUCAAGGAACAGAACGAAAAGGACUCUUCACAUCCGAUCUACAAACCCGUCAACUCCAAGGUCAAGUACGAGCGUCGGAAGGUGGUGGGCAAGGAUGGGAAGCCUUUCUUCGAAUACGAGAUUGGCGGCUGUCUCAAGCCUUUGCCUGAAUGGAAGCUAGGAGGUUUAGAUUCUUACGAGAGGCUGGCUAUUGCGGGCAAGGCUGCCUAUGAUUACGUCGACAAGUUAGAUGACGAGUUGGAAACCGGCAUCCGGACUGUUCGUCGUUCAGCUUUCUCUCCCAAGGAACCUCCAGCCGAAUGUGCCUUGGCUACUGUUUCGAACUUUGAUCUUAAAAUCACAUCUGACGAGAUUCCUACUCCUUCGGUUGGUACAUCCACAGCUGAUGAGACUGUUGCCGGAACGUAUUGUCGCGAUACAGAUGCGAAGGUUUGA